AUGAGAGAUAAACACCAAACUCAAUCACCACGGCAUUACCCCCGGCUGGCUGUCAAUAAGAUGAUAACUACCAUGGAGUUACCAGCUAUCAUUGACGACCAUCAGUCUAAAUGGUAUGGGGUUGUUGGCAACGACCACCAGGCAGUCAUUGGAGACCAACGAGUGCCUCUGAAGUUUUGUAGAUCAGCAAGUUCCUAUGAAGUUAAAAUGAAUUUUAUUUUAGUUGUCUUUCAUAACUUAUGUUUUGCAGGAAUAAAUAGUGCUUCAAAUGCUGUGAGGCAAGGACCCUCUGUUGGGAAAGCAGCUAUUGGGGGUCCAUUUAACCUCAUCGACCAUAAUGGGAAAGCUGUAACUGAUAAGAACUUCAUGGGGAACUGGAACUUGAUUUAUUUUGGUUUCACUCACUGCCCUGAUAUAUGCCCGGACGAACUACAGAAGCUUGCUGCUGCAAUUGAUAAAAUAAAAGAAAAAUCUGGAAUGGAAGUGGUGCCUGUUUUCAUUUCAGUUGAUCCGGAAAGAGAUACUGUUGAACAAGUUCGUGAGUAUGUCAAAGAAUUUCAUCCAAAGUUGAUUGGGUUAACUGGUAGCUCGGAAGAAAUUAAAAAAGCUGCGCGUGCUUAUCGAGUGUACUAUAUGAAGACAGAAGAAGAAGGUUCAGACUACCUUGUUGAUCACUCAAUAGUCAUGUAUCUGAUGGACCCAAAUAUGCAAUUUGUCAAGUUUUUUGGGAAGAAUGUAGAUACUGAUUCACUUGCAGAUGGCGUAGUUCAAGAGAUAAAGCAACACAAAGUCGUAAAAGCAUAAAUAAUUCUGCAUUCUACUGCUUGAAGAUAUAUCUAAGGUCUCAAUUGAACUAUAUUCUUUCCAUGGCCAUUUUCAGAACAGAAUAAUCUCAAGGGUAUAUUUUUGUAGAUUGUACGACGGUAUACUUUAUUGAUGGUAUAUUAAGGCCUUGUUUGACAGGUUUCUGCUUUUUGUAGAAGAGUUUAAUGAGAAAACUGUCUUUGGUUAGCUUCAUUUAAAAACUCUUUCGAUUAGGUAGUA